CCAUGGGAAAAGUAAUGGCCGGUUCUGAGUAGCAGAGAAAGUUUCGUUUGUGAUAUAUACAUAAUAAAAUUCUCGAAAAUAUUUUAACGUGUAUUCGAAAGAGUUGUUUAGUUCUUUAAGUCUCUUAUGUGUAAAUAUGUUCUGUCUAUAAUGUGUAUUUUCUCCAUUUACAAAAUGAUCAUAUUAAAAAUUUUGAACUAUUUAUAUCAUACAUGAAAUAACAUUCACAAAUUGUUACAUGGUUGAAGAAAAGGUUUGAAACUGUCUUAAUUACUUCUCAGGUUAAGUCAUGGGUCCAAGAAAUGGAAGGAAAGAUGUUAGAAUUCUUCUAGUCGGAGAACCUGGUGUAGGUAAAACAUCCCUUAUCCUUUCCCUUGUAAGUGAAGAAUUUCCUGAAGAAGUACCUCCACGAGCUGAAGAAAUUACAAUUCCAGCUGAUGUUACUCCGGAGAAAGUACCUACAAAUAUAGUUGAUUACUCUGCUCAGGAACAAGGAGAAGAUUCUUUAAUCACUGAAAUACAUAAGGCUAAUGUCAUAUGUAUUGUGUAUGCCGUAGAUGAUGAUGAAACAAUAGAUAAGAUUACCUCUUACUGGUUGCCUUUCAUUCAAGAGCAACUUGGUGAAAAUCAUCAGAUCCCAAUAGUAUUAGUUGGAAAUAAAGUUGAUUUGGUUGAAUACAGUUCUCUUGAAAUAAUUCUUCCAAUAAUGAAUGAAUAUGCAGAAAUUGAAUCUUGUGUUGAAUGUUCAGCAAAAACCUUGAAAAAUAUUUCAGAAUUGUUUUAUUAUGCUCAGAAAGCUGUGCUUCAUCCUACUACACCUCUAUAUAUGACUGAAACUAGAGAUUUAACAGAAAAGUGUAAAAAGGCUCUAACUAGAAUUUUUAAAAUUUGUGAUUAUGAUAAUGAUGAAGUCUUAAGUGACUAUGAAUUAAAUCAGUUUCAAAGACGCUGCUUUAAUACUCCGCUCCAGCCACAUGCGCUAGAAGAUGUGAAAAAUCUGGUCCGGAAGAAUGUUGAUGAUGGUAUAAAAAAUGAUGGACUUACAUUAAGAGGUUUCCUUUUUUUGCACAUUUUAUUUAUUCAAAGAGGAAGGCAUGAGACUACUUGGGCUGUUUUAAGAAAAUUUGGUUAUGAUGAUAAUUUGCAGUUAAGCAAGGAUUAUCUUUGCCCAAGGUUAGUUGUUCCACCUGGUUGUACAACCGAAUUAAGCCAUCAAGGGUACCAUUUUCUGACUACUUUAUUUGAAAAAUAUGAUCAGGACAAAGAUGGUUGCUUAUCACCAUCUGAAGUCGCGGAUUUAUUCAGUACCUGCCCAGUAAUUGCUUGGGGACCAGAAAUAGUAAAUGUGGUACCCACAAAUGAAAGUGGAUGGAUAACUUUGCAAGGAUAUUUAGCCCAAUGGACAUUAAUUGCUGCCUUAGAUGUGUGCCGUUUGAUGGAAUUCCUAGCAUAUUUAGGUUACAUUUCUACCUCUGAUGAAAAUCAGCUGUCAGCUAUAAUCGUCACAAGAGAAAAGAGUUUGGACUUACAAAAAAGGCAAACCAGUAGAAAUGUUUUUCACUGCCAGGUUAUUGGUCCUCAAGGAGCUGGAAAAACAUCAUUUAUGCAAGGUUUUAUUGGCAAAAAUUUGCUUCUGCAAGCUUCGAUAAAUAAAGCUCAAUUAACACAGUAUACUAUAAGUUCCCUUCAAGUUUAUGGACAAGAAAAAUAUUUACUGUUACAUGAAGUGGACAUCUUUGGCAUGAAUGAUACACUUACUCCCCCAGAACUAUUCUGCGAUGUAGUUUGUCUUAUGUUUGAUGCAAGUCAUUCCCGUUCAUUUGAAUAUAUAGCACGGAUAUUUUUAAAAUAUUUUAGUGACAGCAAAGUGCCAGUUUUAAUAGUUGGCUCAAAAGCAGACUUACCAGCAGCUGUUCAAGAUUAUGCUCUUCAGCCUAUGUAUUUUUGCAGCAAGCACAAACUGCCCCCACUUCAACCAUUUACAGCCAGUGGAGUUAUCCGAAAAGAUGCCUAUGUAAAACUUGCUACUAUGGCAGCAUACCCUGUCUACAAACCUGCUUGGAAGCUGUUAUGUCAGUCCAGUCAUUUUAGGCAUUUACCUUUGGCACAAGAUUCUACUGUAUGGGUGAAAGCUGGCCUUGGGAUGGCUGCUGUUGCCUUGGUUAGCUUAUUUCUUGUAAAAAUUAUUAAAGCUGCUUCGGAAAACAGAUUGAUCAAUAUGUGUCUUUUUAAUUUAUGUGUGAAAUCAAGUAAGAGCAUUGUGAUAAUACGAGAACAUGAAAAGAAAAUGAUAUGGUUACAGUGACAUUAAUGAAAAUAGCACAAUUACUAUAAACAGAUUUAAUUGAAAAUAUGGAUAUAAAAAUAAAAAAAGGAUGAAUCAAAUAUUCCCAGCCUGCCAGUGUAUGUGUAGCUUUAGAGUAAAGAAAUGAUAAAAUCUGAAAGGUAGCAGUGUACAUAAUGUUUAGAUAGCCAUCAUCUUCAUUUCAUUGAAAUGAAUUUAGAUUGUAAAAUCCCAUUUCUCUCAUUCAGGAAUUAUAGACAUUGAAGUAGAAAUUGAUUGCAUUGUGAAUCAAAAUGGAGCCUGUAGUUGGAGUGGCAUAUUUCUUUUAAAAGAACUUGCAUUAUGUAAUAUAUUUUUUCAUUUAUGUUAGUUUCAAGAGAUCUGUAAUUAUAGUUGUACGUAAUGUUCAUAUUUUCUCAUGGUUCAUAUCAUGGAUAAUUGAGAAAAGCAUAAUAUUUUCUAGAAAUAAUUUAUAAUUUCUGACAUGUUAAGAGUAGGAUGCUAAAGAGCUUUUUAUAAGCAAACAUAUUACAAUUUUUCCAUUUCAUGUGUUUUGCUCUUGUGUGAUAUAAUGAAAUUCUUGUCAUUCAAAAGGUUUGGGGAUCAUAUUUGCUAUUAGAUCCCAAAAACUUUUGAUACAGUGUGUUAAUAAUGCUUUAAUAUUUUAUUCUGGAAUUUGUAAAAUUUGUAAAUCUUUUCCUGUUGUCUCAAAAAGAAUGUUACGUAUAGUUUCAGUUUUAUAAUCUAGGUAUCAUGUGCACAAUAGUUUCAGUUUUAUAAUCUAGGUAUCAUGUGCACAAUUUUUUAAGUUUUAUGUGAAGUAUUCUGGGGGAAAAGUGUAAAAUUUAAUUUGUCAGAACUACCUUUAAUCCAGAUGGUUUGACAAAAGUUUACAGAAAACUGCCUCCGAUCAAAAUACUUGUGAUGAAGUUAAUCUGUGCUUAAAAUGAAUAAAGAUUUUAUUGGUUCUGAA